GUUACCUCGUAGUCAGGGAAAAAAAAUGCCAGUGCCUGUUGUCUGUAGGUUCAUUUUAUAUCAUGUAUUUGGAAAAAUGUUCUGUAUUAAGCAAUUGGCUUGGUUUUCCUUUCACCUCCCCACCAGGUUGUUACAGCUGUGCCAGCGAACCAUGGCACUACCUGUUGGACGAGGAAUGUUCACUUUGUUCUCAUACCACCCUGUCCCAACAGAGCAGUUACCCAUCCCUAAGCUGAACCUAACUGGCCGAGCUCCUCCUAGGAACACCACUGUUGAUCUGAACAGUGGGAAUAUCGAUGUGCCUCCUAACAUGGCUUGCUGGGCCAGCUUUCACAACGGAGUGGCUGCUGGCCUGAAGAUAGCACCUGCUUCACAGAUAGACUCUGCCUGGAUUGUUUAUAACAAGCCCAAAAUUGCCGAACUAGCAAAUGAAUACGCAGGCUUCCUCAUGGCUCUGGGUCUCAACGGGCACCUCACAAAACUUGCUACGCUCAAUAUACAUGACUACCUAACAAAG